AUGGCAACGGAACACAAAGUGAACCCCUCGGUAUCGUUAUAUCUGAACGCGGCCUGCGAUCUGGUGACGGAGAUCGAAAAUGCAGCCAAGGUAAACUGUAGCUCCGUUACCGUACCCAUCGUGCACUGGAACUACGAGCGAGAGUUUGUUCGAGAACCACUCCGCUCGAAGCACGUGCAAUUUACGCGAUCGGAUCUGCUGCUUUCCUCCUCACAAUGGCUCAACAGAGUGAUCUGUCGCAUCGGAGACAAUCUGGAUCUGGACUCACCGAUCGAUUGCAUCCGGAGACAGGCGGAACGUACCGUCCGACAGGAGUUGUCCUUCGCGGAGCAUCUGGUGCAGAAUGGGUACAUGUACACUAGGCUGAGGAAUGGGAACUGUACCAAUUUUGCACGAAUUGUUGGCUGUGGCGUAUCGAAGGGAACGUUGCUCGUAGAAGUGCCACUGACCAAUCCGAAGCUUACGCAAAACAGCUGGCGGCGUGACAUCGUUGGCGAGGAGGAACUGGAAGUGGACAAUCCGUGGCGAUGGUGGAAUACGUUCCGCACACACACAGAUGCGAAUGCAGUUAUAAAGGUAGCAUUAGAGCUGACGGCAGACGUACCGAAGCAGGAUGAAAUUUAUCGCUGGCUGGGUGAACCGAUCGAUGUCAUCGUAGUACCGGCCAACAUUUUUCUGACGAAUGCCAAAAAUUAUCCAGUACUGUCGAAAGCGCAUCAGUCUCUGUUGAAACAGUUUUACCAAACGUUUGCUUGUCAUUUCAUACUGAAGGCUAACCCGGCCGAUGGCCACAUUGCCCACUACGUGGACUACAUCAAGCACCUGAUACAACAGCGAUUCGCUAAAGAUCCAACGCAAGGGUACGAGGACUAUGCUCAGACACCUCUACAACCAUUGUACGAUAAUUUGGAUUCUGUAACGUACGAAGUGUUCGAAAAUGAUCCUGUAAAGUACAUUUUCUACCAAAAUGCCAUCGAACAGGCUUUGCUUGAUCGAGUACCGAAGGAGGAACGUGAAACGAGGGUGUCGAUCGUUAUGGUAGUCGGUGGCGGACGAGGGCCACUGGUGCGUGCCGCCCUGAACGCUUCUAAGACAACGGGCUGCAAGGUGAAGGUGUACGUUAUAGAGAAAAAUCCAAACGCGAUUGUCACGCUGAAGGCGCACAUCAAUGAAAUUUGGCAGGAUGGUAUGGUGGAGCUGAUAUCGACCGAUAUGCGAGAAUUUAAUCCUCCGGAAAAGGCCGACAUUCUUGUGUCCGAGCUGCUCGGAUCGUUCGGUGACAACGAACUUUCGCCGGAGUGUCUCGACGGGGCACAAAAACACCUGAAAGACGAUGGAAUUAGCAUACCAUGUCAAUCUACUUCCUACAUAAAUCCGUGCUUUACCUCGAAGGUUUACAAUCAGGUGCGCACAUUGGAUCGCCCUAUGCAAUCGAAAGAUCGAGUAAUCUCUUCCCGCCACAUGGAGCAGAUGUACGUGGCGUAUCAGAAAAACGUGUACCACAUCGACGAUCCGAAAGAGCUGUUUGUGUUCGUCCAUCCGAACAAGGACAGUGAUCCGAUCGAUAACAGUCGAUACCGGACGGUACAGUUCCGCGCUAGGCUCGAUUGUGUGAUGAACGGUUUUACGGGAUAUUUUGAUACGGUACUGUACAAAGACAUCGUGCUGAGCAUUCAUCCGUUUACGCAUACUGCGGCAUUGGCGUCCUGGUUCUCGAUGUUUAUACCUCUGACCGAUCCGGUACAGUUGAAGAAGGGCGACGAGAUAACGGUCCAUUUUUGGCGCUGUGUCGCAUCGCACAAGGUGUGGUACGAGUGGUGUCUCAGUACACCGGUCGUGACGCACGUGCACAAUAUUGAUGGCCGGGGACAUCCGAUUUGGCUGUAAACCAUGCAUUACCUCAGGACAAUUAUUGUUACAUAUUAGCGGGUGUAUUUUUUAUCGCUUCAAAGAAGUAAAA